GGUAAAGCCAGGCGGUAUAGUAGCAUUAUGCUAUCUCCACAUAAUGGCAAGCUGAUCGGACAGGUACAGUAAACCGACAGUGCCAUAGGGGAAUUAACCUAUUCAGAAAGCGAACUGAAAAGAUUGGUCGAGUAGCCCUGGACAGAGGGAGAAGACCAAAAUUCAUUGGCUCAAAAAAUUGAGGAUUUGUAUGCCACCAAAUUAACCAUGUGUAUUGCAGCGUUUCUAUGGCAAGCUCAUCCACUAUACCCGCUCGCAAUCUUGCUUAACAGGGACGAAUAUCACAAUCGCCCUACGAGGCCAUUGGAAUGGUGGGAAGGCGGUGAAAUUUUGGGAGGGAGAGAUGAAAUGGCAGGUGGGACAUGGCUGGCUUGUAGCAGGAAUGGACGGGUGGCUUUCCUCACAAAUGUCAGGGAAAUUCAGAAACUUCCGGAGGCUAGGAGUAGAGGGGACCUCCCAGUUCGGUUCUUGCAGAGCAAAAAUAUGCCCAUGGAGUUUGCAGAAGAACUGGAAAAGGAGGCGGAUCAAUACAAUGGGUUUAACCUGAUAUUGGUUGAUCUUUGUUCCAAAACCAUGUGUUAUGUGACUAACAGAGCAAAAGAAGAUAACAAGUUUGCUACCAAGGUGGAACCUGGGAUUCACGUGUUAACAAAUGCACUGUUAGACUCUCCAUGGCCAAAGGCUCAACGACUGCAUAACAAUUUCAAAGAACUAUUGGAUAAAUGGAAAGAAGAAGAACUACCCAUGAAAGAAAUGGUUGGAAAGCUAAUGAUGAACACAAUUAAAGAUGAAGAUGAAAGCAUCCUGCCUCACAUUUAUCCUCCAAAAUGGGAAUACCAAUUAAGCUCCAUACUUGUCGACGCAGACACUCCAAUUGGACGUUAUGGUACUAGAAGCACUUCUGCAUUGUUUGUGAAAGCAACAGAUGAAGUAGACUUUUACGAGAGGCAUCUGGAGAAUGAACUGUGGAAAGAAAAGGCUGUAUCUUACCGAAUAGAAAAAACGAAGUGAUUGGUAAGAUGAUAGCUGUACAAACUCUGUUUGGCUAAUCUCAUCUGUAACGGAAUUUCAAAAUGGUUCGAGUUGAAAUGCUCAGGGCUCGUUUGGGUAA